AUGUGCCACCGUAUCAUCGCCGAGAGGGUGUGCGAGGAUUGCGGAUCGAAGAUGGGUGAAACGGUCAUUGGAUUCGAGGCGUGUUCUCGCAGGUGCCCUACCCCAAGCUAUCGCCUGAGCGCCGAGCCCUUCGAACAAGUCUGUGCCGAAUGCGCAGCGUACUGGAGACACCGUGACUCUGACGCAGCUCUCACGAGUGGCUCUGAAGCAGACCACAGCAUCUUUCCUAAGCCGUUUGCAAAGGAAGGCGGUACACAAAGACGCAGAAAAUCAAGCACCAAUUGGAUUGAGGCGGCAGAAGGGUAA